CUGCCACGUAAGAUGAGUGGGGCUGAGGGACAUGGCUUCGUAGGGAAGCACCACAUAUGUGUGCGCCGGAGUUUACCUCAUCCGAGUGAGCAAAUAAUAAAUAUGUCUAGCAAGAUUUUGUUGUUGGAGUACAUCCUUUUCGCUUCUUUAUAACUUUCUCUUUGAUAUUAUGGACAAAGUACAGCCCAUUAUUAACGACACCCUGGAGCGCUUCAACAGCUUGUCCAGACAAGACAAAUACGUCGGAGCCAUCGGCUUGGCGACGGUGGUUGUUUUGACCUCAUAUCUUUCCAAGACGUCUAAAAAGAACUAUCCACCUUUUGUAUCAGAGAAGACAAUCGAUGAUGUGAACAUUGAUAAGGAUCUUCGUGGGUGGUUGGAGCUUGCUUCCAAGAAGUAUGGCGAUACUUUCAGAACUAAACUUUUUGGCAUGACCAUCACUGUGGUUGGCAAGGAGCGCGCCCGUGAAGUAUUUCUCAAUGACGAAUUUAGCUUUAAGGAAGCAGUCGCUGACAAGUUUGAUGCUGCUGGCAUGAUCGGUAUUCACGACACUAAAAAAUAUGAGCGAUUAACUUCUAUCAUUACCCGUCAUCUUACUCCUAACUUGAACGUCUUCAACAAGCGUGCCAAUGAACAGGUUAUGUUUAUGCUGGACAAGUUGGUUGGACCCGCCGAAGCGGAACCCAAGGUCAUCCCUCAUCUAUUCCCAUUCGUCCAAGACAUUGUUGCCCGUUCAAGUACUAGUGUGUUCGCUGGAGAGGAACUGUGUAAAAACGACACUAUCGUUAGUUGUUUUGGCAAUGUGACCUUCGAUAUCGGAUCGAAUCUGAAAAAGACAUGGCUUAUGGAUACGUUCCCCAGCUUCGAUCUUUUUUAUCAAAGAAAUAUUUUCCCGCGAACUGCUACCGUUCAAAAGCACAGAAAGAAUGCAAAGGAAAUCUUGACACCCGUCAUUGAAGAGCGUGUUCGCCAUUUGAACGACCCCAAUUACAAGCGUUCGCACGAUAUGCUUCAAAUCAUCAUUGAGCAACAUGAUCCAAACCAGAAUUGGGGUGCGUCAUAUACAGACUUUAUCAUCAACUGGAUGUUUAUCCUAGUCUUUGUCUCCAUCCACACCACCACUGAGAAUACCACUCAUGCGCUUUACUAUUUGAUGAAGCAUCCUCAAUACAUGGAUGAGCUCCUGGCAGAACAGCGAGCGGCUCUUGAAGAGGAAGGUACCAAGGACCAGGAAAUCAAAUUUACCUAUGAUGUACUCAGGAAGUUGACAAAAUUGGAUAGCUUCAUCCGUGAAGUUUUCCGAAUGAGAAGCACUGAUCUUCAAUUGCAACACAAGAACGUUUCCAACCACGAUAUUACGCUUAGUAACGGUUAUGUUAUUCCACCUGGCCAAAACGUCUACGUUAACAUGUGGGAUAUUGGUAGAAAUGUUGAACUCCAAGGUGAGAGUGUUGAGGAAUUCCAGCCUUGGCGAUAUGUAGAAUCGGCCAAGCAAGCUGUCCGAAUUGGAAACGAUAAUCUUUUCUUUGGACUUGGCAAGCAUGCUUGCCCAGGUCGCUUUAUGGCUGUUAACAGCAUGAAGAUCACCAUAUCCAACAUUCUGCAUAACUAUGAGAUGACUGCUGACUCGGAAAUCACUAUACCAACGUACUUCACUGGUAUGCCCAUGGGUAGCGUUUCCUUCAAGAAGCGAGUAAAUUAAACGGUAUAGACUUACAAUGUCGAGCCUCAUAUAAGAGAGCGCAUAUAUGAAUAUAUUACUCUGUAAACAUCAUAAGAUCUAUUUCCUGCCUUUUAGUA